AUGACCCGGAAGCCCAAGCGGAAGCUGCCGGCCCCGCCGUCGAGGCGCGACUCUCCGCUGGAGCCCUACCAUGGCCACGCCGCCCCCUUCCCCGCUCAAUGCCUGGCCGUCCGCGACGCCCUCCUCGCCUUCCAUGGCUUCCCCGACGAGUUCGCGCCCUUCCGCCUCCUCCGCCUCGGCCUCUCGCCGGAGGACGAGAGCGACCAGCCGGCUCCGCGUCCGACCGUCCUCGACGGGCUCGUCACCACCCUCCUCUCCCAGAACACCACCGACGCCAUCUCCCGCCGCGCAUUCGCCUCCCUCAAGGCCGCCUUCCCCUCCUGGGACCAGGUGGUCGACGAGGAGGGGAUGGGGCUGGAGGAUGCCAUCCGGUGCGGGGGGCUGGCGGCGACGAAGGCAGCGAGGAUCCGGGCGAUGCUUAGGGGCGUGAGGGAGAAGAGGGGCGCCAUUUGCCUUGAGUACCUGCGGGAUCUGUCCGUGGAUGAGGUCAAGAGGGAGCUCUCGCAGUUCAAAGGGAUUGGGCCAAAGACGGUGGCAUGUGUCCUGAUGUUCUAUCUUCAAAAGGAUGACUUUCCAGUAGAUACUCAUGUACUCCGCAUUACAAAGGCUAUUGGUUGGGUUCCUCCAACAGCUACUAGGGAGAAAGCAUACAUUCAUCUGAAUAAUAAGAUUCCUGAUGAUCUGAAGUUUGACUUGAAUUGUCUAUUUGUUACUCAUGGGAAGCUUUGUCAAUUGUGUACGAUAAAGUUAGGAGUCGAGAAACCCAAGGAUGUCAAGGCUGUUUGUCCCUUAGCAAGCUACUGUUUUAUCAAAGAAGAAAUUCAGGAAUAG